AUGUCCGCUCCUCAGCACAUCAGGAGGCCAUCCGUCUCGGCCUCGGACCCCCCUAGCUCCAUUGCCAUCCCUGCCAACACCCGCGGCAUCCCCCAGUCGUCGUUUGGCGGCGUCUCCCCCUCGGCUGCUCUCUCGACCUCGCCCCGCUUCUCGACGUCCCCUCCCACGGGCUCGUUUGGCGGUGCUUCGUUUGGCGGCGCCUCCUUCAGCGGUUCGCGUGCUGCCCGUCAGCUCCAGGCCUUCCUGCCCCCUACCUUCCCCGUCACCAGCGAGGAGGGCACCAGCACCCCUCGCCAGGGCCGCAUCAAGGUCCUCCUCCUCGAGAACAUUAGCGCCGACGCCGCCGCCUUUUUGAAGAAUGCUGGCUACCAGGUCGACCACUUCACCAAGGCGUUCACCGAGGACGAGCUCCUCGCCAAGCUGCCCGGCUACCACGCGAUUGGUAUCCGCUCCAAGACCAAGAUGACCGCCAAGGUCAUUGAGGCCUGCCCCCAGCUCCUUGUCAUUGGCUGCUUCUGUAUCGGUACCAACCAGGUCGACCUCGACGUUGCCGCCAAGCACGGUAUUGCCGUCUUCAACUCUCCCUUCUCCAACUCGCGUUCGGUUGCCGAGCUCGUCAUUGGCGAGAUUAUCUCGCUCUCGCGUCAGCUCAUCGACCGCGCCUCGGAGCUCCGUGCCGGUAUCUGGAACAAGGUGUCCAAGGGCUGCUGGGAGAUCCGUGGCAAGACCAUUGGUAUCGUCGGCUACGGCCACAUUGGCUCGCAGCUCUCGGUCCUGUCCGAGGCCUUUGGUAUGAACGUCAUCUACUACGACGUCGUCCCCAUCAUGCCCCUCGGUACCGCCCGCCAGGUCGACACGCUGGAGGAGCUCCUGGAGAAGGCCGACUUUGUCACCCUCCACGUCCCCGAGAUUGCCGACACCAUCGGCAUGAUUGGCCCCAAGGAGUUUGCGCACAUGAAGGAGGGUGCCUUCUUCAUCAACAACGCUCGCGGCAAGGUCGUCGACCUCUCCGCCCUCGCCGACGCCCUCGAGUCGGGCCACCUCGCCGGUGCCGCCGUCGACGUCUUCCCCAAGGAGCCUGGAUCCAACGGCCCCGGCUUCUCUGAGGUUCUCGGCGAGUUUAUCCCCCGCCUCCGCAAGCUGCCCAACUUGAUCAUGACCCCGCACAUUGGUGGUUCGACCGAGGAGGCCCAGCGCGCCAUCGGUGCCGAGGUCGCCUCGGCCCUCGUCGGCUACCUCAACUACGGCACGUCGCUCGGCUCGGUCAACUUCCCCGAGGUCAACCUCCGUGCCAUCACCACCGAGGACGACCGCCACAUCCGUGUCUGCUACGUGCACAGGAACGAGCCCGGUGUCCUGCGCAACAUCAACGCCAUCCUCGCCGCCCACAACAUCGAGAAGCAGUUCUCCGACUCAAAGGGCGACAUUGCCUACCUCAUGGCGGACAUUUCCGGCGUCGGCCACGACGAGGUCAAGGACAUUUACGAGGCCAUCAACCACACCCGCGCCAACGUUCUCACCCGUCUCUUGUAUUAA